UAUCAGCCUUAUGACAAGUAAAUGCAAGAAGCUGGGCAGAGACGGCAGCAUCAGGCAAUAUUGAAGCACCCUGCCCCGCUCGCCUGUCUAUUAUUAAAUUCCGCGGGCGGCUCAGCCUCAAGGGCAGCCAUUGAAUCCUAACACCACGAAACAAGCCGACCUUCGCCUCCAAGCCCCUCAACGUUACGGUGCGCGCUGGGGAACGUCACUGGAUCCCCCGGAGCUGAAGGCCUGGUAAUCAACCACGCUAGGCUGCUUGCAGCACCUGCUUCAGUAUACGGCUGGAAGGGGGUCGCUACAGUCCCAAGAUAGCCAAGAUGGCCCUAGACGCCCAUGGCGGGCGCGGGCGCGACGAUCUCGGGGUCCAAUCACCUCUGCUGGCAUUGACCAGAGAUUAGAGGGAUAUGUUCCCGUCGAUGGCCAGUUUCUAGUUCUUUCUCCUUCGCUGUUCAUUGUUCUCAGCGAAGCCAAGGGGGAUAUCGCAAGCAUUCGGCAGCAUGGACCCAACCGCUCAGCCAGGACCGGAGCACCACAACGGAGCGCCAACCGAGUUGGAAGCGGCCCGGAGUCCAGCAAUGUCACCCCCGCCGACCUACGGGGCUGCGCAGGCGAUUCCCCAACCGCACGCAGAACACUACGGGAUGCAAUACAAGAGCGAUACUCGACCCAUGCCGUCUCCACAAAUGCAACAAGUCCACAAUGGUCAGCCGUACCAGCGGCAGCAACAUCCAGCUCAGUACACCCCGCACCCACAACAACAGUACAACAUUGCAACCCCAAUCCCGAAUCUCGGCAUGUCGAGCAUGCCCGUCGACUGUCCGAAUUGCGGGCAGCGUAGCUUGACCAAAGUCGAUUAUCAGAGCGGAAACACCACGCACGCAUGGGCCCUCGUCCUCUGCUGCAUCACCGGCUGCCUCUGCUUCAUCCCGUACCUCAUGACUAGUAUGAAAGACGUGCAGCACCGCUGUGGGAGCUGCGGGUGCUUGUUGGCGACGUGGCACAAGAGUGGGAAUGUGGAGGUGCAUGCGCAUCCUUGAUGGCCCAGGCCAGGCUUUCGGGUCCAAAUACUGCAGAUACCCGUAUUUCUUCCAAGUUUUCCAUGCUUCACCAGAAUUGGAAAAUUGGCCUCUAGUCAGUCUAUUGGCAGACUCGAGGAAGAAGUCGGCCAGCCGCUUUGGAGGAGUGUGACGUCCUCCCACAUCUGCUUCUGCAUCCAUGCCGUUGUCUCCCCGGAGCUGUGUGCAACGGCGUCAAAUCAGAUCGCAGAUUCCGCCAAGGUCUUGACCGAGGACUGCACUCGUAGCCAGACCGAUACCGAGGACUGCACUCGUAGCCAGACCGAU